GCUUGUUGGGUGACGUAGGGAUCGACCUCUUUGAUCGAUUCAAGGAGAACCAACCAGUUGUUCUCUCCUAUAGCCCCUUAGCCCUUCUCAAUCUCCCUCAACCACUCUUCACUCGAUCGAUCAAACAACACACAAUGUCAGCUCCUGUCGUACUCCUCAGCAUUCCGUCGGUCAGGCUCGUCCAUAUCCCCUCUCCGGGUCAGGAGAUCACGCUCGCAUCGGGAGAGCUCAGCCUCACCGAACUGCCUACCGAGCCCGGACACGGAAACGCCCUGAAAGCUCUGGCCUUGUCCGUCGACCACGCUACGUUCCCCAUCACAGCCAAGGCGCCCAUCAGCCCUACCGAGACGAACCACGCUCACCCCAGCUACGUCUUCCGCCCAGCCGGACUCGAGGCCGCUACCAACCCUGAAAAGUCGAUCGGUGGAUUGGGCAAGGUCAAGAUCGUCUUUACCGAGAGCAAGAACCCGGGCGAAUAUGAAGCUGCCGAAGCCCUCUCUCGGGCUUUCGAAGCGACGCUGAGGGAACACAAGGUCUGGAAGGAUCACGGGUAUUACGAUGAGGAAGACGAGGUUGACAGAGAGCACCCCGAAGGUGCUUCGUACGGGACGACAAUCGCGGAUACUUUGACCUCUUACGCACGAAUGUUCAGCAACAAGGUCGCCCAAUUGACCGACUCGCACGUUGAAAACUCGGCUCCUUUGCGACCUACUCAACCGGGAGAUAGCGUCAAGGCGCUCGCGCAUUCUUCGGAAGGGUUCACCAACCGUCUCGCCGAGGUUACUACUUCCGUAGCUACUACCAUCACGAAUGUCGUGCACGAUUCCGCCAAGUAUGUCGGAGAAAUGGCACAUCAGACCGCUCAGGAUCUCGAUCAAAAGUAUGGCAGUGGUGGACAUCCCGGUCCUGUCAGGCAGCAGGUCAACGAGACUGCCUUGGGCGUCAAGGAGAUGGGUAAGGCUGCAUAUGAUGACGCUGCCGUCGCGGGUCAGGGGUUGAAGGAGGCCGCCGAGACGACGGGUUCUUCCAUCUCGACCAACAUGCACAAGGGGAUCGCUCACGAUCUCGGACCAGAGAGCGACAAGGUAGCCCAAGACAUCGGACAGAGCUCGGCUAACCUCGCUACCGCCGGUGGAGAUAUCGCGUUGAGCACAACGGGUUAUGUCCACGGAUUCAACGCUGCCACCGGUGCGGGCCAAGGUCUCGCUGGAGAGAAAUAGAGCACGGAAUAGGAAUUGCACAGGUAAUGAGAGAAGAUUGUCGUGACUGUAUGUAUACCGAAGCCAAAGCCAUGUUAUAUAGAGAUGAUACACUGAGA